GUUUCCGACGGCAGUUGCGGGAGUGCAAACGCGCUCUAUUCAAGAAAUGUAACCAGUUAUGAUCUUAUAGCGGUGAUUUCAGUGGUUUUUUCUUUUUAUCUUAGAGAAAAAUGAUAUGGUGGGAGCAAACCUACAUCUUGGCAAAAAACGUUUGUAUCUUUGCAUUUACUGAAGUCAAUCAUCUCAGGAGAGAAUGAGGAGAAGUUUUGCACCAAGCCAAGUAGUAAAACGAAAAAGUGACGAUUCAGAUGCGGACUGGCACCCGGAAGAAACGCCAAAGCGAAGUAAAGAUGAGAGGAUAUUUGGAGGAAGGUGCCUCUCCCCUAUUCGAAAUCCCCUAACACAGCUGACAAACACACCGGCAUCUCCCACCAGCACUGAAGCACAAGUUUGCAAUAUCCUUUCAAAGCCGUUUAAAGUCCCCAUUCCCAACUACACAGGUCCUCUGGGGGUGCGCUCACUGGGCGUGAAGCGAGCUGCUCUCCGAAAGCCGCUGCACAGCCCAUUUGAGGAGGACGCUCUGGUGCUCUAUGAGCCUCCAGCCUUGAGUGCACAUGACCAGCUGAAUGCCGAAAAAGAGAAGCUUCCUGUCCACGUUGUUGUAGAUCCUGUGUUGGGAAAAGUCUUAAGGCCACAUCAGAGAGAAGGGGUGAAAUUCCUCUGGGACUGUGUGACGGGAAGAUGCAUCCCCAAUUCACACGGCAGCAUCAUGGCAGAUGAAAUGGGCCUUGGAAAGACUCUGCAGUGUAUCACUUUGAUGUGGACUCUUCUGCGGCAGAGCCCCGAUGGCAAGCCCGAGAUCAACAAAGCGAUCGUGGUCUCACCUUCCAGCCUCGUGCGCGGCUGGUACAACGAGGUGGGCAAGUGGCUUGGCUCCAGGAUCCAGCCGCUUGCAAUCGAUGGGGGUUCGAAGGAGGAGGUGGACAGAAAACUCGAGAACUUCAUGUCCCAGCGUGGUUUCAGGGUACCAUCUCCCAUCUUGAUCAUCUCCUAUGAGACUUUCCGUAUCCAUGCCAGAAUCCUGCACAAGGGUGAAGUAGGCCUCAUCAUUUGUGAUGAGGGUCACAGACUGAAGAAUGCUGACAACCAGACAUAUCAAGCUCUGAGUUCCACAAACGCUAAACGCAAAGUUCUCAUCUCAGGAACACCCAUUCAGAAUGACUUACUUGAGUACUUUAGCUUGGUCCACUUCGUCAACACUGGUAUCUUGGGAACAGCUCAAGAGUUUAAGAAGCACUUUGAAGUGCCCAUUCUCAAGGGACGGGACGCUGAUGCUAGUGAUAAAGACCGGCAGCGUGGGGAGGAGAAACUCCGAGACCUAAUUAGCAUUGUUAACAGAUGUUUAAUCAGAAGGACAUCAGAUAUUCUUACCAAAUAUCUUCCUGUGAAGAUUGAGCAGGUUGUCUGCUGCAGGUUAACCCCUCUUCAGACAGAGCUGUACAAGCAGUUCCUAAGGAAAGCAAAACCAGUGGAGAAACUACAGCAAGGCAACAUCAGUCUGUCUGCCUUGUCCUCCAUUUCCUUCCUCAAAAAGAUUUGUAACCAUCCGGCUUUAAUCUAUGAUAAGUGUGUGGCAGGAGAGGAGGGUUUUGAAGGGAUGCUGGAGAUGUUCCCAUCAGGAUUCUCCAAUAAAGAUGUGGAGCCACAGCUUUCUGGGAAGAUGCUGGUGCUUGACAGUAUUCUUGCUGUGAUGAGGAGCACUACCAGUGAUAAAGUGGUCCUGAUCUCCAAUUACACACAGACUUUGGACCUCUUUGAAAAGUUGUGCAGAUCUCGGAGGUACCUGUAUGUACGACUAGAUGGCACCAUGUCUAUAAGAAAAAGGGCAAAGGUCGUGGAAAGAUUCAACAGUCCUUCGAGUCCUGAGUUCAUUUUUAUGCUGAGCAGCAAAGCGGGAGGCUGUGGCUUGAACCUAAUUGGUGCUAACCGCCUUGUAAUGUUUGACCCGGACUGGAAUCCAGCCAAUGAUGAGCAGGCAAUGGCCCGUAUCUGGAGGGACGGACAGAAAAAGACCUGCUAUAUAUACCGACUGAUCACGACCGGCACAAUCGAAGAGAAGAUCCUGCAGAGGCAAGCUCAUAAGAAAGCCCUAAGCAGCUGCGUAGUGGACGAGGAGCAGAACGUUGAGAGGCACUUCUCGCUGGGGGAGCUGAGAGAGCUUUUUUCAUUGGCUGAGGACACCAAUAGUGAUACACACACAAAGUUCCGCUGCAAGCGCUGCGUGAAUGAGCUACAAGUACGCCCUCCACCGGAGGACUCUGACUGCACCAGCGACCUUUCCCAGUGGCACCACUGCUCCAACAAGAGGGGCUUGGCAGAUGCCGUCCUGCAAGCCUCUUGGGACGGUGUCAUCUCAUUUGUUUUUCACCAACGGUCACAUGAGGAGCAGAGAAGAACGGUGUGAGAAAGUUAUGGAGCGAAAGAGAGUAAUUAUAGUGCAAUAAUAAUGCAAUUAUGCCAUUAAGAUAGUUAUAAGGUUCAUGUUUAUGGAUUUUUCUGUUUCUUAAAAUGAAUGAAUAAGCUGGAUAACUUAUUUUGUGAUUCGUUGUAAUAAAAAAGGUGUACAUUUUCGGGAA